AACUCUGCAUUCCUACAUGUGUGAGUUUUCUAGUGUUCCCACUUGGCUGUCACAAAGCAAGAGACAACACCAGAAUCCAGCUGCCGGCCAGAAAAUGAGCCAAGAACCGAAAAUGGGCCGAGUUCUCCUCUUUACAAUGUGUGCAGCAGGCAUUGGCGGGACGUUCCAAUAUGGAUAUAAUCUCACGAUCAUCAAUGCACCCACCCUGCACAUUCAGAGGUUCGUGAACCAGACAUGGCUGGAGCGCAGUGGCUCAGUGCUUGAUGCUUGGAUUAUAACCCUCAUUUGGUCCGUUAUAGUAUCUGUGUACCCUCUUGGUGGAUUCCUAGGGGCACUACUUGCAGGUCCAAUGGCCAUCAAGCUUGGAAGGAAGAAGUCUCUGCUGUUCAAUAAUUUCUUCGUCAUACUUUCUGCAAUCUUUUGUGGGUUUAGCCGUUUUGCUAAAUCCUUUGAGAUGAUCAUAUUGGGCAGGAUAUUAGCCGGUGUGAAUUCAGGUGUCAGUAUGAAUGUGCAGCCUAUGUACUUGGGAGAGAGUGCCCCUAAGAAACUGCGUGGUGCAGUAGCACUGUCUUCUGCAGUUUUUACUGCACUGGGGCUCGUCCUAGGGCAAGUGGUGGGAAUCAGUGAGAUCCUUGGCAGUGAGGAGACCUGGCCUCUGUUGCUGGCAAGUAAUGCUGUUCCAGCCAUCCUGCAGCUUGUGGCUCUUCCCUGGCUUCCUGAGAGCCCCCGAUAUUUGUUGAUUGACUUAAAGGAUAAAGAGUCAUGCAUCUCUGCAUUGCAGCGCUUACGGGGUCAUUCUGAUUUGAGCAGUGAGAUGGAGGAGAUGCUGGCAGAGCAGGUUGCUACCAAGGGUCAGACACCCAAAAGCCUUUUGGAACUGAUACGCGAUCCUUCCCUGCGGAGGCAGAUUCUCACUAUUGUGGUGCUUAGCAGUGCCAUGCAAUUGUGUGGCAAUGACUCGAUGUAUUUCUAUGCAUCCUACAUAUUCCAGGAAGCUGGAAUCCCCACGGAGAAGAUUCAGUACGUAGUGAUUGGCACUGGGAGCUGUGAGCUCAUUACUUCACUCACAUGUACUCUGUUUAUUGAUCGUGUAGGUCGCCGGGCACUGGUGAUGGGAGGAUAUAGCAUGAUGUCUGUCUGGGCUAUUGUUUUCAUGGUUGCUUUAUCGCAGCAGGGGCGGGUUGACUGGAUACCAUAUCUGAGCAUGGUCUGCAUCUUUGCCUAUAUCUUGAGUUUUGGGAUUGGCCCAGCUGGAGUUACUGGUAUCAUGCCAGCCGAGAUAUUUGACCAGAUGGCGCGACCAGCUGCAUACAUGAUAUGUGGCUCUCUCAUCUGGAUCAUGUUGUUUGCAGUGGGGCUGGCUUUUCCUUUUAUUGUGCAAGGUCUUGGCCACUUCUGUUUCAUCCCAUUCCUUCUGGUGUGUGUCCUCACGGCUCUGUACGUUGGAUUUUUUCUCCCAGAGACAAAAGGCAAGACUCUUCUUGAAAUCACGGAGGAAUUCACAAAGAGCAAAGUGAAAACACAGAAGAAGGAAAAUUCCUGGCACGGCCCUCUGGAGAUCAAAUCCACUCUGCUGUGACAGACACAGUGUAUCAAGAAUUCAGAAGCUCUGUCCAGAGGCAUUUCCUGCAGACUUGGACACUUAAAUCCAUCCUUUGCCAAUGAAUUCUGUGAUAUACUACUGGCACCUUUGAUGAAAGUUCUCUCCAGUCCCAAAGAAUACUGGCAUAUAAUGCCAUUGUUAUGGGGUAAUUUGCUGCUUCCUGCUCUGCACUGAGAACAACUGAAUUCCUGUUGUAUGUGGGCAUGCAAUGGAAUACUGUAAUGAUCAAGGGAUCCUAACUAUGCCUUCCUAUUUGCACUAUUGUACCAAAACAUAUAUUCUACUCCUAUUUAGAAUUGUUUGUACUCCUACGCAACAAUCCGAGGGGUUUCAGGGAUAAUAUGAAAUCGGUAGUCUUUGACUGUACAGGUUACACCAAGUAAUGCAUGUGACUGUGAAAUAUAUGGGCUAUAUUAGAGAUGCUGCUUUAUGUUGGUAGGAUUGUGGUAUAUCUUCACUCCAUCCACUGUGUUACAGUACCUUCUGUCUUCCUCUGUCCCUGUAUAUAUAAUAGCAUCAAAAUAUUUUUAUUAGGAAUGAUCAUUUCGAAUUUUAGAUAUUUUUGGAUUUCUCUAGCUUUCAGAAAUGUUAUUGGAUAUAUUGCAGCAUGCAUAAUGGGGAUACAUUAAAAGGUCACACAAAAAUAGUAUUAGAUCAUUUUAACCAAAACAAAAAAGCACUGAUGACUCAAUUGCACUCACAAGAUAGAUUUAAAAUGUACAGCUUAUGGGGGCCAAUGAUAACUUUGGGGUCUAGUUACUUCUCAGUUACUUAUAUAUCAUCAAUCUAUUGGGGGGAGACUCCUAUAUCUAUGUUAUUGGAUAUAAGGACGUUUUAAAGCUAAUUCAUGAAAGGAUGGAACAGGUAUUACAUUAACUAACUAUCUGUGCAAUGUCAUUCAGGUGCUAGAAAAGAAUAGAAACAUACAGUAAUCACAUGCGCUAAACAACGUCAAUAUUUAGUAGGGAAAUAUUCAGAGCCACAGUUGCCUAAAUGCUAUGAUAUUCGCAGUAACCUGUAGAACCAUGUACAUUGUCGUAGCCUCAGUCAUUUCAGGUUUUGAAAAUCUUCAGCCUGACGUCAAAACAGCAGAGGGGAGUUGGUCUCUGUUAGACUCAGGUCGCUGGGUAGUUAAUAUGUCCUGUAAAUUAAGAGAUGAAUGAAUAUUAGGCAGAGGUGGCUGGAUUAUGGCUCACAUGCUAGUUUUGCUGGCUAUAGACAUGACUGGAUAUAACAAGUUCAUUUCUGGGUAUUUCACUUAGUCUAUUAAAAUUUUACUUGUCAAACUUAACCUCGUAUAACACACAAUAUUGCUGCAUAGCUUAAUUCCUUUCUACCUCCAAAUGUGGUAAUUUUUGUCUUUCUGUCGUCAUGUCUCAUUUCUAAUUUUGCAGGGUGCUCUCUAAUUUUUGACAAAUCCAGAGUAUAAGGACCUGCUCAUUAACCUAUAGAAAGGAAUAUGGAAACUAUAUGUGACCUGAGUCCCUCCAAACAUAUAUGAAGAAUUAUUUCCACUAAACGGUCAGCAGAAUGUGAUUUAGACAGAGCCCUGCGACCAAUGUUUUAAAACAGGAUGGUUCAAUGCAAGGCAUUUUAUUGACCACACAACUCUCAGAAAUGUAUAAUACUUUCUUUCUAUGGGUGCUAUUACCCCUACUUUCAUUCAUGUGCAUUUUAAGAUAAAACAUAUAUUGGCAAUAUUAUUUUAAAAACUUUGUUUUAUGUGAAUAUGUCUAUCCUGCAGACUUAUUAUUUUAAGAGGUGCAUAGCUCCUCAAUUUCAUGAUAUAUUCCUGUCUCCCUACACAUAUUUCAGCUGAUUAGAUCAGUGGUAACAUUGAUGUUUUAGAAACUCAUUUUUAAAUGCCAGUCAGACAACUUAACCAGUAAGUGUCACUGGGCAAGACACCUAACAAUAUAUAUCCUCAUACCUCAAAUCCAUAUAGAUUGUAAUUUUGAGUAGGGCUUUAUUCAUCUUUCCCAGAUAUCCCUUUCCAUCACUGUAAA